AUGCUACCGAAGAAUGGUGGGCUGCAAAAAUAUAGGAUUGUAGCCACCAGAGAGAACGCAUGGGCACCUUCGUCUGGUGUUCUUCCAAGUGGGGUUCCUAUGGGAGAUGAUGCACCUAAUGAGGGAUUUGGUGAUUCAGAUGAACAUAGUAACGAGAAUGAAGGUAUUCCCCCUGAUGAGGUACCAUCAAACCCUUCUCAUGAAAUCCCUAAUCGAAGAAAGCAAACACUUGGGGCUGUACACGGUAAGGGAAAAAAAUCAAGUUCAAGUAGAAAAUCAUCAAGAAAUACAUUAACUACUCAGAUUGAGAAAUUAUGUGAGAGUAUGGCUAGUCCAAGGAAGUCAGUGAAUGAAAUUAUUUUUCCUCACUUUCAAUAUACUAUUUCAAAUGCAAUGGAUGCUUUGCGUGCUUUGGGAGAUGAAAUUCCAAAAAGAGAUGAACUGUACUAUUUUGCCACCAAAAUGUUCCAAAUACCGGUGAAACGAGAAAUGUUUUUGAACUUAGAUCCAGAUGAUAGGGUUUGGUGGCUUCGACGUGAGUAUGCUGAACAAAAUCCAAUUGCAUCAUUUUCAUCCUUGGUAGCAACAUCCUCAUUUCCCUUCCAACCAUACCAUCAACCACCUCCACCAUCAGCUCCUUAG